CAGAAUGGCAGCGCCGGCCCUUUUUUCUCUCAGUGAGACUCAGUUUGUUUCCUGUACAGCCGUCAGACGCUCUGUAGCAUCAACAACAUGGCUAUACGCAGGAAAGACAGCUUUCUCUGGGGGAAAGCUCCACCGAAGCUACAUCCAGGAGAGCGAAGGCCGAGUGAAACCAUCAAGAUUCACAAGUUUGAGCUGCUGGAUGACAUUCAGAAGCUGAGGUUGGAGAUCAAUCACGUCAUGCCUGAAAUCCACAGCCCUGAAAUGAAGGAGCAGAAUAAGAAUGUUGUGAGGAACAGAAGAUUCUUACGUGGGAAAAAGAAAUUCAACAUGGACCCCAAAAAGGGUGUCCAUUACCUGAUUGAAAAUGACCUGCUGGAAUGGCAAGCGGAGUCAGUGGCCGAGUUUCUUUAUAAAGAAGAGGGACUGAACAAAACCGCCAUUGGCAACUUCUUGGGAGAAAGGGAGGAGAUGCACCUGCAGAUACUGAAAGCCUUUGUGGGUCUGCAUGAAUUCUCAGAUCUGAAUCUUGUGCAGGCGCUGAGGCAGUUUCUAUGGAGCUUUCGUCUCCCAGGAGAAGCUCAGAAGAUUGACAGGAUGAUGGAGGCGUUUGCAACUCGCUACUGUGACUGUAACCCAGGGGUCUUCCAAUCCACAGACACAUGCUACAUCCUGUCUUUUGCCAUCAUCAUGCUCAACACAAGUCUCCACAACCCCAACGUGAAAGACAAACCCAAUCUGCAGCGAUUCGUUACCAUGAACAGAGGAAUCAACAACGGGGAGGACCUGCCCACCGAGCUGCUAACGAAACUGUACGCGAGCAUCCGUAGCGAGCCGUUCAAAAUCCCAGAGGAUGAUGGGAACGACCUCACACUGACGUUUUUUAAUCCAGACAGAGAAGGCUGGCUCCUUAAAAUGGGUGGCCGAGUUAAAACCUGGAAGAGGAGGUGGUUUAUUUUGACAGACAGCUGCUUGUACUACUUUGAAUACACCACAGAUAAAGACCCAAUCGGGAUUAUUCCUCUGGAGAACCUGUGUGUCAGGAAGCUAGAAGACACAAGCAAAACGUAUUGUCUGGAGUUAUAUAAUCCCAAAGGACAAAAGAUCAAGGCCUGCAAGACGGAGAACAAAGGCAGAGUGGUGCAGGGUAAACACCAGUCCUAUAAGCUCAGCGCAGCCAGUGCAGAAGAACGGGACAACUGGAUAGAGGCGAUCAGGGCGAGCAUCACCAAGGACCCUUUUUAUGAUCUGGUGUCUCUACGAAAGAGGAAGGUCAUUAGCAACACUUCCUCAUAGGACUUCCUCAAGAUGUCAGAGCAAACUACAUCUGAUCCUGGACUGUUUUUUUAUGAUAGUAAUUUAAAAGAAAACAAAACUUAAUCACACAUCAUUUCAGAGAAAUGUAAAAAAAAAAAAAAGUUGGGAACUAACGCGUGUGAAAAAGUGUAAAUUCAGAAAAGUGAGAUAUUUCUGGCGUGCAGUGAAAGUCUUCACUUCUGCAAACUGCACGCGCUACUUCCCCGACUUCAAGGGCUGACAACUCCGACUGACAAACAUCUGCUGCGGCCUGAGGGGUCCAGAGGUGAUAGGUAGUCGACCUGGUAGUGUAAUAGAUGGAUUACUGAACUGGGCCCACUGGGUUCAGGUCCAGGAUACAUUUGACCAACCUUCUGCUGAACUGUUAAGGUUUCUUGUAAAAAUGUCAAUCACAAAGAGAUGCAAGGAGACCACAAAGAGACACAAAAGGACUACAAAGAGACAUGAAAUAGCCUAAAUGAAGCACAAAAUGACUAUAAUGACUCAAAACAACUCGGUCGGAGGUUUGGGGGCCUUUUAUAUGGCUGUGUCCAGGGGCCCAUUGUCUCAUAGUCUGUCGAUGGUUGUCGGUUGUUUAGAGGUACAAAUGGCAGCUUUUUAUUAAUUGGUUAUUAUUAUUAUAUAUUAGAAUACAGUUGUUUGAUUGGCAUUCAUUUAUUACACUGAAUCAUUGCCAAUUAAUCAAGAGUGUAAAAGUUAAAAUCCUCAAUCAGUAGGAGAAGAUUACGUCGCACUUUGUUAAACCGGGAUUAUGUUUCACUGGAGAAAAUAUGAUUUAUAUAUUUAUCCAGUUUUUACACUUUUCUAACUUCUCUAAUCGUGUAAAUUCAGUCGUUACUACUGAUGAAUCGUUGUAAAUAAAGUGAAAAGCUAAAAGAUCCUGUCAAGUUUUAAAAUUUAACUUAUGAAUACUUAUAUGAAAUUGUACAAUAUAUUUUAUUUAGUUAGUAGUAUUUAAACUACUGUAUGUAUAAUGUCGUGACUUUAUAUGAAUCAAACUACUAAUAAACUUUUGAAUCUG